UAAAUUAAAUAUAAAUUUGAGACAUAACUGUUAAAAAUGCCGACUGACACCAAGCGCAUUCAAGGACCAGAUGAGUCACAAAGCACCUUUUUAUAUAAGAAACGGACUGAUAAACUGCAUCAACCGCUUCUAGAGGAAGGAAAGCGACAAGAUGGAAGAUCACCUGAAGAAAUAAGACCAAUAUUUCUCAAAGCUGGGGUUGUUAGUCAAGCGAAAGGAUCAUGUUAUAUUGAAAUGAAGAACACCAAGGUCAUAUGUGCAGUGUAUGGACCAAGAGAGGUACCAAGGAGAGAUGGGUUUGUCAUCAAUGGUCAGCUUCGGUGUGAGUUUAAAUUUGCUACCUUUGCCAGUGAAGUGAGGCAAGGCCAUUUAACUACAUCCACAGAGAAGGACCUGGCAUUACAGGUGCAGCAAGCCUUGGAACCAGCAGUUUGCUUGCACAAGAUUCCCAAGUCCCAAGUGGAUAUUUUCAUCACAGUACUCGAAAACGAUGGAAGUGUUCUUUCAGCAGCCAUUACCUGUGCAUCUGUUGCUGUUGCUAAUGCUGGUAUUGAGAUGUAUGAUCUUGUCAUCGGGAGUUCAGUGAGACAGUCAGGAGAAAAACUUCUGCUUGAUCCAACAGCAUUUGAUGAAGCUGCUGACUCCACGGCUACAGAUGACCCACAGGCUAUCAUCACUGUCGGAUUCCUACCUUCUAUCAAUCAAGUCUCAUGUCUGGUUCAGAAAGGACAGCUCCUGAGUGAAGAAUCCAUCAAGGCAUUGCAGCAUUGUAUAGAGACAUGUCAGCGUAUCUACCCGGUUGUGUAUGAGUGCUUGAAGAAAUCUGUCAAGAAACUGAAGACAUCUGUAGGGUCACCUUCCCCUGUAGAUGAAGUUCCUGUGUCAUGACGUUGAUAGAUCCAGUGAUCAGUGGACCCUAACAAAUCAUUGACCUCUAGCUUGAACAGACUCUUUUACACAACUGAGCGAUGAUGGUUAUUUCAGCCUAGCUGACCCCUGGGAGUAGGCUGUAAGGAACAAACUCAAAAGACAUUUAAAGGCAUAUUGCCACAGUGACAAUGAAUAGCAUCAGCUUUAGACCCAAACUACUCAAACAGUUCCUGGUUCCCCACCCAGAAUGCAACAUCUUAUUCAGGUAAUCUUAUACCCAAUAUAAUCCAACCAUGUUUGUGAAAACAUUAUUUUCAUUAUUAUUACCACAGAUGUGCUGGUACGGUACAAAAUAAUUA